AAACUUUAUCCAACCCUCAGCUAUAAAUAAAAAAAUGAAAAAAAAAUCUCACAGUUGCCGUUCUCGUUUCUUCUUCUUGCACCGAAACUGAAACCUCUCUCUCUAAACGCAGCCUCUCACUUCGCCUUCCUCCGCUCGCCGUCGCUGUGAGAGUCGGAGCUCCUGACUCGCCGCCAGUUCUGACUACUAACGGUACUGGUUGAUAGAAAGACAGAUAUUGAAGAAAGCUCUCCCUUGACUAAUCAUGGCAUCAAGGUCAUAUGCUAAUCUCUUAGAUUUAGCUGAUGGAGACUUGCUUGAUAUUCCUCAGACCCCAAGACCUCUUCCAAGAAUAAUGACCGUUCCUGGAAUUAUUUCUGAACUGGAUGAUGGGAAUUCAGAUGUUAGCUCUUCUGCAUGUCGGGAGCGGAAAAUCAUUGUGGCAAACAUGCUGCCCGUGCAGGCUCUAAGAGAUGCAAAAACUGCUAAAUGGGGCUUCAGUUGGGAUGAAGAUUCCAUUUUAUUACAAUUAAAAGAUGGUUUUUCUUCUGAUACUGAGGUAAUCUAUGUGGGUUCUCUCAAGGUUGAAAUUGAUGUGAGUGAGCAGGAAGAAGUUGCCCAGAGGUUAUUGGAUGACUUUAAUUGUGUACCCACCUUUCUACCCCAUGAUAUGCAGAAAAAUUUCUAUCUUGGCUUUUGUAAGCAGCAGCUUUGGCCUCUCUUUCAUUAUAUGCUGCCCAUAUGCCCCGAUCAUGGUGAUCGCUUUGACCACUUGCUUUGGCAGGCUUAUGUUUCUGCAAACAAAAUCUUUUCAGAUAAGGUUAUGGAAGUAAUUAAUCCUGAUGAUGAUUUUGUUUGGAUUCAUGACUAUCACUUGAUGGUUUUGCCUACUUUCUUGAGGAAACGAUAUAAUCGAGUUAAACUUGGGUUCUUUCUGCACAGUCCUUUCCCUUCAUCUGAAAUUUACCGAACUUUGCCUGUAAGGGAUGAAAUUUUGAGGGGAUUGUUAAAUUCUGAUUUAAUUGGUUUUCAUACAUUCGACUAUGCUCGUCACUUUCUUUCUUGCUGCAGUAGAAUGCUAGGUCUGGACUAUGAAUCUAAGCGAGGACAUAUAGGGCUUGAUUACUUUGGCCGCACUAUAUUUAUUAAAAUUUUGCCUGUAGGCAUUCACAUGGUCAGGCUUGAAUCUGUAUUAAAUCUUCCUUCUACAUCUGCUAAACUAAAAGAGGUUCAGGAAGAAUUUAAGGGCAAGAAGGUAAUUCUUGGUGUUGAUGACAUGGAUAUUUUUAAGGGCAUCAGUCUGAAACUUCUAGCUGUGGAGCAGCUGCUGCAGCGGAAUCCAGAUUUGCUGGGCACCGUUGUCCUUGUUCAAAUUGUAAAUCCAGCAAGGGGGUCUGGGAAGGAUGUCCAGGAAGCAAAGAAAGAAGCAUAUCUAAUUGCACAAAGAAUCAAUGAUGCUUAUGGUUCAAAUCAUUAUAAGCCAGUCAUUCUCAUUGACCGUCCUGUUCCUCAUUUUGAAAAGAGUGCCUAUUAUGCUGUUGCUGAAUGUUGUAUUGUCAAUGCUGUAAGGGAUGGCAUGAACUUAGUCCCUUACAAAUAUGUUGUCUGCAGACAGGGAACUGCACAGCUGGAUGAAGCAUUGGGUAAAAAAAUUGAUUCUCCUUGUACAAGCAUGCUUGUUGUGUCUGAGUUCAUUGGUUGUUCACCUUCUCUGAGUGGGGCCAUCAGGGUCAAUCCCUGGGAUAUAGAUGCUGUUGCUGAUGCUCUGAACUUGGCCAUUACAGUGAGUGAUUCAGAGAAGCGAUUGCGCCAUGAGAAACACUAUCGGUAUAUUAGUUCUCAUGAUGUGGCAUAUUGGGCUCGCAGCUUUAUGCAGGAUUUGGAGAGAGCCUGCAAAGAUCAUUACACCAAAAGGUGCUGGGGAAUUGGCUGGGGCCUAGGAUUUAAAGUUGUUUCUCUUUCUCCUGGAUUUAGGAAGUUGUCCGUUGACCAUAUUGUUUCAGCAUACAAAAGAACCAAUAGAAGGGCCCUCUUUCUUGAUUAUGAUGGUACUGUUGUACCACAAUCUUGUAUGAAUAAAAUCCCCAGUUCAGAAGUCAUAUCUGUGCUAAAUUCUCUGUGUAAUGAUCCCAAGAAUACUGUAUUCAUUGUAAGUGGAAGGGGAAGACAUUCUCUGAGUGAUUGGUUUACUUCAUGCAAAAUGCUGGGACUUGCAGCUGAACAUGGGUACUUUUUAAGGUGGAAUAGAGAUUCUGAAUGGGAAACUAGUCAGUUGUCUGCGGACCUUGAUUGGAAAAAGACUGUGGAACCUGUCAUGCAGCUGUAUACAGAAACAACUGAUGGAUCUAAUAUUGAAGUUAAGGAAAGUGCUUUGGUGUGGCAUCAUCAAGAUGCAGACCCUGAUUUUGGUUCUUGCCAAGCCAAGGAAUUGUUGGAUCACUUGGAAAGUGUUCUUGCUAAUGAACCAGCAGUUGUUAAGAGAGGCCAGCAUAUUGUUGAAGUCAAGCCACAGGGAGUGAGCAAGGGUUUGGUAGCUGAAAAGGUUCUUCGGACUAUGGUUAAUGACGGUAAUCCACCAGAUUUUGUAUUGUGCGUUGGAGAUGAUAGGUCUGAUGAAGACAUGUUUGAGAGCAUUUUGAAGACAGUCUCAUGCCCGUCAUUACCGUCGGUUCCAGAGAUCUUUGCCUGCACUGUAGGUAGGAAGCCUAGCAAGGCCAAGUAUUUUCUAGAUGAUACUUCUGAUGUCUUAAAGAUGCUCGAGGGCCUUGCUGCUUCAUCCAAUCCAAAGCCCAGGCAUGUUGCCCAAUUCCAGGUUUUCUUUUAGAAAUUUGAUAGAUGAUAGACAGGGAAAGACAUCAUUAUUGAUUUUCAUUAUGCUGCGUUGCUUUUCUUCUCCUGUGCAUCUGAGAAAUUUUUAGUUUUAAAAAAUUAACCUGAUUAAUGGAAACCUUUCUAUUGCGGACCUGACUCUUCUUGGUGUCCUUAACCUGUCUGGAUGGCAUCGGGAACGUUUUUGUUAGGUAGUGCAGUUCAUGAUCUGACAAUUAUUCUCUUGUACAUGGUAACAUCAAUUGUUAUGCAUUCUGGUGCCGCCGAGUGCCGACACCUUGUCCUUGGAUUGUUAGGCCAUACUGUUAUUUGUACUUAAAAAGGGGCACCAGAACUCUAAGAAUGUAUAGUUACAGUAUUUUGUUACAAUAUAUGAUACCAAUCUGGUUUGAGA